AUGCCUCUUGUGGGAUUAUCAGAAGUCCAGAAGAGAAAAAUUAUUGCUCUGUCAGAACAAGGCAUGUCACAGAGGGAAAUUGCACAAAUGGUAGGAGUCUCAGAGGGCCGUAAAGUUCCCAUUCCACCCUCGAUCGACGCCGCCAAUGUCAUGGUGGUAGGGUGCCUUUGGAGGGGAGUAGAGUGUAGAGCGCGUACGCUUCGGAAGCCCCAGUUUGGGCCACGCAGGCUGUCAGUAAGUAUGUCGGACGGAUCCGGGUUUCCCUCAGUGGUCGAACUGAAUGUUGGCGGCGUGUUCUACACAACCACACUGAAAACGUUGACGAGCCAACAGGACUCGCAACUGAACGCCAUUUUCAGCGGCAAGGAGCCAGUCUCGCAGGAUUCGAAGGGCCGCUACUUUCUCGACCGCGACGGUGUGUUGUUUAGAUAUGUGCUGGACUUUUUGCGCGACGGCACCGUCGUCUUGCCCGAGUGUUUCCGCGAACGGGAGCGUUUGAAGCGGGAAGCGGAAAAACUCCUGCUGCACAGCCUGGUCGAGGCGAUUUGCAACGAGAGCAGGAGCAAACAGGCUGGUGUCAUCACGGUGGGCUACAGAGGCAGCUUCCAGUUCGGCAAGGAUGGCUUGGCCGAUGUCAAGUUCAGGAAGCUGUCGAGAAUAUUGGUAUGUGGCAGGGUUGCAUUGUGCAGAGAGGUCUUCGGAGAGACUCUCAACGAGAGCCGUGAUCCUGACCACGGCCAGUCGGAAAGGUACACUUCCAGGUUCUUUUUGAAGCACUCGUUUCUGGAGCAAGCGUUCGACAAUCUAAUCGAGCAGGGUUUCAAGUUGGUCGGAAGCUGUGGAUCUGGAACAGCUGGCGGUGCAGCUGAAUUAAAACCAGGAGUGGAUGCUGAAGAGAAUCGCUGGAAUCAUUAUAACGAAUUCGUGUUUGUACGAGAGUAGUUUCUCAUGUGACCAAACUUUCAAAACCCCUUCAUAUCGCAUAAAAUGUAUUAUUUAUAAUCUAUCCAAAUAAUUCUAGAUUAUUAAUAUUUUAUUAUUAUUCAUCUCCAUUAGAUGUAUAGGAAAUAUAUUUUAAUAUAAUAUAAGGUUGAUCCAUUGUAUAUAAUAAUAUUAACCAGUAGAUAAUAGAAUAAAACAAUGUUCAUAAAUAUUAUCAUUACAAAAAUAAUAAUGUGAAUUUAUUUAAUGUCUUCUUAGUACUUAUGGAGGUGUUUUUAUUUUUGUAAAUAA